AUGGAGCUUCCACGGGUAUGCGUACAUCCGGGGCCAGAAGUGUAUGAUGUAUUAACACUCCAGGAGAAGCAUCGAUCGCAGGCUGUGUGGGAUGGUGCCUUGACAGGAACGCGAGCAUGCCUAUUUCCACGCCGCGCGGAUACCGAAUUUUGGAAGCACGUGAAGCGUCAUCCUUUGCAUCCUCGCAUCCUUGACUACUUUGGCCUGUGUGGAUUUAGGGGAGUAGUAGAGGUAGGAUGUGUAUCAUAUGAUUGGGCAAUCAUCACUGCACUUAUAGAGAGAUGGCGUCCUGAGACGCACACAUUUCAUCUGCGUACGGGUGAGGCGACCAUCACAUUACAAGAUAUUGAGAUCAUGUUUGGCAUGGUUGUUGAUGGUAAUCCCUUGAAAGAUAUUAAUGCUAGAAAUAUAGAUAUUGUUGGGUGGCAACAAUUAAUCUAUGAGCUUAUUGGUUGGGCACCGUCCGGAUUGUUUUAA